UGCCGCGUUAAACUGAUAAAGGGGUUGAGUGCCGGCGUCUUCAUGAGAAGGUGGUUUUUAUCGCGGGGAGUGAGAAAAAAGCUGUAGGGCGAAGAUUCUAAGAAAUUUAAUCACUAUUAAUCACACGUGGGUCAUGACUACGUCGCACAUCGCGAGUACGUAGUUCGAGUGCCGUGAGUUCUUCGUGGCUUGUUCCCCAUAUUCAGGAUUGCGCAAAACCGAGUGUCGUCCGAACAGUGUGUUGUUAAUGACACGCAUGCUUUACGAGAGAGAUCAGUGUCUUUCCUGUGACUAUUUUGAUAUUCAGUCCGUCGAAUAUGGCGGACGAAGUGAUUGAUAGUUUUUAGGAUAUCAGCAUGAGUCUCUGUCCACGGAGACGUUUUCGUAUCACUCCUGUGCGAGCGCUGACGGCAUUUUUUCUGAUGGUCGUGCUUUUCUGGUAUAGUCUCAGUCGGCAAGAGAGUCCUCAGCAGCCAUGUAGCGUGCCCGAAGAAUUUACUGAAAAAUUACACGAUCUCGCUUACAGGGCCCACUUAGUACUCACUAAAUUGGGUAUCGUUCACUUUCUCUGCCUGGGCGGCCUUUGGGGUCAAGUUCGCAUUGGCCGUGCACUGCCAUGGGCCCGUAAAGUGGAAUUAUGUUUAGUGGAUACGCUCCGUGACGAUGUCUUAAUUACGAAAGCCUUCCGAGAGGUCGGUUUGAGCGCCACUUACCUUCACGCGGCAGGAAUUUAUAGAAUACAGGAGCACGAGGUCGGCGAGGAUGCACCCAAGAUAGAGGUGAUCGUUUUCGAGGAAGACGCAGUGACGCAGAUGGUGAGAAGGGUCGGUUGGACCAGGCGAGUUUUGCCUCCGGAUUGCGAGUUCUCGCCAAGUCUGCAGUGCUUCCCACCACAACUCGUAAUACCACCCUUACCAGCAAAACAAUUUGGCGGCCGACUAAUGCCCGUACCUCGGGAGGGCAUAGAAUUACAAAAGUAUCACUAUCCCAACGACUGGUGGUUGGAGAUCAAGCCCACUGAUUGUACUGAGCCCCAAGAGGCGAAUGUAUAGUGUAUAGUGUAUAAUUUCGUGCGGAACUUUCUCCCUCUUUUCGUAACUAGUAUUGAGAUAUUGUCUACUUCGUCAGUUCGGAAUAUCCUUUGAUUCGCUAAAAUGUAAUUUAGUCAGCGAUGCCAAUCUGGAUAAGAAAUAAUAAUGAUCCUGUUGAUUUUAAUAGUGCUGAUUGAUCAGGUUGGACUAUCGAAGAAAGCUGUUGGAUUUUAUUGGAUGUAGAUAUCGUUUAGAAAUGGACAGCGUAUGCGGUAAAGUUUGAUACCCUACAAUUGUUUGUAGGAAUUCUGAUUUAAGUUACAAAAAGUUCGAUUUUAGAUCGAAUUUAACGACGUAUUUGGCGACGUAUAGAAUACCAUCUUAUUUAAUAUAGAAAGUAUUCAAGUAUUGUCGUAAAAUGAGAUCUGUAGUAUCGUUGAUACCGAUCAACUGCUAACGGCUAACUAAUUGCUGUCAUAGCAAUAUUGCAUUCUUAGAUUAUUAUCAAUAAUAAAUAGAAUCGAUAAUACGUAAUCUCUCUUUUAGUCAUUCCUCAUCCUUAAGAUUUUCUAUCAUUGUCAUGUUCCAUUUUUAUAUUUCAAAUGUUUAUAUACAAUACUCAGUGAAAAAGAAUUCUGCAGAAUGACGGCAUGGUAACGAUGUUUUUUCGAAGGGCUGUUUUACUUUUUAAAAGUGCGCAUGGGUACGUAUAAAAAAGAAAAACGUGUCCCUUACUUUUAUGUAUGUACAUUGCAACAUAUUUCAAGCUCAUCAAAAUCGGAGAGACAUUUUCGUCGAUUUCCUUCGAAAUAAAAACUUUCAUAUACUGUAAAUUUAUAUUUAUACUAUAAGGAAGUAAUAAAAUAAAAUUAAAAUCUUUAUCUGCAUUUUAUAUAUUCAAAACAAUUAUUUAUGAAUUAUUUUUUUAAGUCUUUUAUAGUCUUUUAUAUUUUUUUAUUUUAGUCUUUUAAGACAAGAAAGUCUUUUACAUAGAUAUGUACUGCCAGAAAUAUUAUAAGAAAAUGGAAUUAAUAUCCGUAUAUUCUUACUAAGCACAAAAAUAGUUUAUCGUGAAAUUACGAUAAAUACAUGAUAUACGUAAAUUAAUUUAGAUAUAGUUAAAAUAUAUUGUUAGCUUUAACUUACUUACUUACUUACUAAUUAUACACUUAUUUAAAUAUUUAUACAUAAGGGGCUACUUAUAUUUAAAUGACACAUCUGCUUAAAAUAAUGUACUUCGUUUUAACGAACUAACGUUUUUAACGUUUAUAUUAACUAACGUUUAUGAUUGAAUUAACGUUAACGUGAUUAACGUUAUUUUAACUAACGUUUAUGAUUGGAGACAAUCAUCAUUUAAAUGGACAAUUGUUUUAUUGCAAUUUAUUAUAAGUUACAACAGCGAUUAUUAUUCGAUAAGCAAAAUGGUAAGAAACAAUAAUAAUGUAAUGAUGAAGUAUUUGCAUUGUACUUCUUUAAGAAAGAUCUACGGACUAUUUCUAUGUGGCAGCAUGAAAAAUUGUAUUAUUAAUUUAAUUGCGAAUGUAAUUGUAACAAUACACAUUUUGUAAUGUUAUUAUUACGUCCCAAGAUCUCCAGAAGUUGAAUAAAGAUCUAUAAAAGAUA